UUUCUACUUUCAUUUUAGUGAGAUCGUACUUGUUGACAAGGACGUCCAGAUAUUGCUGUGGAGAUUUUCACAUCUGUGAUAUCCUGUGUGUCCACUCACGAUGACCGCUACCUACCCAUGUCCGGGCAUCAGAGUGGUCAGAGGUCCCGACUGGGCGGGGAGAGAUCAAGAUGGCGGCGAAGGUCACGUGGGAACGGUUGUGAAGAUAGAGGAUUCUGAUUGGGCAAAGGGCAAAGUGUCUGUUGUCUGGGACAGUGGCCGAGAACUCCAGUACCGGGCAGGAUAUGAUGGCAAGUUCGAGCUGCUGGUGUUUGACUCAGGUCCUACAGGAGACCAACUGAAAGGCGCCCUGUGUGAUGGAUGUGGAGAAAAAAACAUUUCAGGGAUGAUAUGGACGUGCUCGACAUGCACGAACUUCAUCCUGUGCACCCUGUGUUACAACACAGAACGCCACGACACCGACCACGCCUUCCUCCGCAGCCUCACCUUCAACUCACCACUGGUGCGCGUGCCGCCUCGUUCUGGCGCUCAACGAAUACGUGCUAUUGGUCUAUUCAAGGAUGCAAAGGUCAUUCGUGGACCGCACUGGAAAUAUGGAGAUCAAGACGGUGGAGAAGGAACCACCGGGGACGUCGUACAGCUCGGGUCGUUGUCGGGAGGGUACAGUCGGGGGGCUGUCAAAGUGAGGUGGAGGGGUGGACAGGACAGUCUGAUGGCAUACCGUAUAGGAGCCCAGGGCAAGGUAGACGUCAUCACAGUGGACGAAACUCAAGGCUGGAGGUACUACAAAGCCCAUCUCCCGGUGCUCGAUGUUGUGAAUCCCAUUGAAAUUCGCCUGAAGGUUGGGGACAAAGUGAAAGUAGAGGUGGACGCAGAUAUAUUUGAACGCACGCACAGGGACUUGACUGGUUAUCGUGACAGCAUGUCACAGUGUUUGGUAGAGGUUGGUACUGUCAUCGGUCUUCCCUCUCGAAACGGACGCAUCAUUGUUCCACAUGUGCAGUACCCGGAUGCUGAGAAGUACCUUAUGGUGAAGUCGACUUUGACAAGGCUUCACACGUUUGCUGUCGGGGACGUUGUGAAGAUUACCAACAACUACAACGCUGCCGUGGAUCUCCAGAACGGACAUGGCGGAUGGAAUGACAAAAUGGAAAAUUGUCUGGGAAAGACCGGCCAGGUCGUUGAGAUCGACAAGGACGGGGAUCUGAAGGUGGCCUUUGGGCCAGUCAAGUGGGUCUUCAGUCCCGUCAGCUGUGAUCCUCAGGACGGAGAGGCCUUGUCAGCGUCCGGCAUCUCUUUCGGGGCUAAUAAAAGCACCAGUUCAGACUCCUCUACAUCUGAUGUCGAUGAAAUAGCCGAAGGUGUGGCUGAGGUUCUGUUCGGCCUUCUGAAGUCUGGAGAGAGUGCUCUGUUCAAGCCCAACGCGUCAUCCAGCAGCACCGUAACAGCCCGAGACCUCGUCAUCGCUGUCAGCAACGGCGACACGGAAACAGUGAAAAACAUUGUCAAGUCUAUUGGUGACAAGGUGAACGAAUCAGUGGAUGGCCUGACGGCAUUGCAGACGGGGUGUUACAAAGGUCAUGCUGGCAUAGUCAAGCUUCUGAUCGGUGCUAAGGCUGAUCUGAACAAGGCCGACGAUGAAGGAGACACACCUCUGCACUAUGCUGUGUCAGGAGAGCAGCCCAUUGUGGUCGGGAUACUGCUGGAAGCCAAGGCACGGGGCAACACGAAGAACAACAAGGGACUGACACCAUUACAUCUGGCAGUGGCCAAGAAGGACCCCAGCACCCGGUGUCUGAAGACACUCAUACAGUACAAGUGUGAUCCUAACACACAGGAUGAGGAGGGAGAUACGCCCCUUCACGAUGCACUCAGAACCCAUAACCAGCAUCUUCUUGAUCCCUUCCUGGAGUGUGCCCAGCUGAAUCUGAGACUCGCCAAUUCUAAAGGCAGCAACCCUUUCCAUGAAGCAUGUGUGUCGCUCUCUGGGGCAACAGAAUUUCCACAAGCACUGAUAACGAGAGAUCCGAAGAUUGUGAACGUCCCCAUGAACAACGCCCUCACCCCCAUACACAUCGCGGCCUUCCGGAGCUUUCUGGCCCUGGCAGGUGUCCUGGUGAAGGCUAACUGCAAUGUCAAUGCUCGGGACGACAACGGCAAGACAGCUCUUCAUAUGGCUGUACAAAGAUGUAAUCUUCAGAUUGUGCAACUGCUCCUUGAAUCUGGGGCGGAGAUCAACGUACAAGACCAGGAAGGAAAUUCUCCCCUACACGCCACCCACAUGGACAGCACGCUGCCCGGAGCUGAAGGUCCAAAAGACGCGGAUUUGGCCCUGGAAAUCCGAUGUCAUCUUGUAGAACGAGGAGGGGACAUCAGAUUGACGAACAAAGCCGGGAAGACACCUCUAGAUUUCGUGAAGAACAAGGAAGUGCGAGUAAUGUUGGAGAGAAUUUCAAAACGACCUUCGACAUCGUCAAUGAGCCAAUCAAAGCGUCUACCGGCACACUGGGAAACCAUGGGACAGGAUGGGUUCAUGAAGGUGGAGCUGAGUGAGUCCAACCCCCUGACGGCCUUUGAAUUCAGACAUGUUGAGUCAAAGGUGGAAGAGACGCUGUCCAAUAAGAGCAUCGUGUCCAUCUACCGUAUCCAGAAUAUGGCAUUGUGGGAACAGUAUACUGUCGCAAAGGUCAACAUGGAACGUGAAUACGGUCGGGGUCUUGCCAACGAAAAGCAACUCUUUCACGGAACCACACCAGACUCGGCUGAUCUCAUCCCGCACCAAAACAUCGACUUCCGGUUAGCCGGAAGUAGAGUGGGCGCCCUCUAUGGCCAAGGAGCGUACUUUGCUGUUAAUGCCAAGUACGCGGAUGGUUAUGCUAAAGAAGACGCCCGGCGUCACAGGUUCAUGUUCUUGGCUAAAGUUCUGGUAGGAAGGUCGAGGCAAGGGAACCCAGAGUUGAAACGCCCCCCAGUGUUGGAUGCCAGCAACAAAACUAAACUCGCUGACUCAGCAUGUGAUAAGGAAACAGACCCGAGAAUCUACGUGAUUUUCAGCGAAGGUCAAAUAUACCCCGAGUAUCUGAUUGAAUAUCGUUAAAUCUCAAUUUAUCGUGCGUGUAUUUAUCGGGGGGAGAGAGAGAGAGAGAGAGAGAGAAAGAUAGUGCCAGGACUGCAGACAAGUUAUCUUCAGUAUGUCCUGCACUUGCUGGAAGGAUUCUUUUUCUCUUUCCUUAGAUUCCUUAUCAAUUGACUCUCUACGUAAGUACCAUAUUUCUUUUAAUCUUAGACUUGUUGUAUCCAAAAUGUUCUCCCUGAUUUCCGUAAAGGCAAAUAAUAUAUUCACGGUCAUCGGCGAUCGUUACGUUUCAAGAGGUGUUUCAUCAUGCUGUGAUGGCGUAGUGAGUGAAUGAUUUGGCUAGUCAUACGUUCCUAUAAAUGGACGUAAUAUUGCGGGAUCUAUUUUAGUUCGAAAAUGCUCAUUUUAUAUUCUAAAAGUCUUUGCGAAACGUUGAAAAUGUUAACGGUACAGAUCGACGUAAAUUAUAAACAUUGAAUUUUAUAAAUAUUUAUCGCUUAACACAUGUGUUUCAUUUAUGAUAACAAGCUCCCUACAUUAAGACUGUGGUAAGCCCAUUUCGGAUGUCCCUAGCCGUGAUAUUGCGAAAAGCGGCCUAAAUCCGAAAUCACUCACUCGCUUUUCUUGAACCUGCGAAUACUGACCAACAGCGUACAAAGGACCACCAUCGGUUGGUUAUUUUCAGGAAUGCGCCAGUGAAGAAUCACGCCGCUUCUUUUAUAUAUAAGCAUAUUAUUCUAGUUUAACUACGCCUGUUUUAAUUGAUGUGAGGAAAAGUUACAUUUGAAACCUAUUAACCACGAGUUGUUUGUAAGGGAACUUGCUGAUAUUCUACUCACAAUGUCACCUGACAUUUGUAUCUCAUACAUUCUCUAGGCGUAGGGAAUUGAGAACUAAUGAAAUAAAACUAUGAUAAUUCACAUAACAUAACAUUUGAUAUAUUUGUUUCCAUCGUACAGUGUUAGAAUUUUUGCAACAAUAUCUGGUGGAUUGGAUGGGCGUUUGUCUAUGGAACAAAAGAAGAAAUGUUAUAAUUGUUCAUAACUCUUUUUACUUGACGCUAAGUACUGAAAAUAAUGUUUGAGUUUGUUGUCAGUAGAAGGAGUAAGACAAAUGCAAUGUAUAAUUGGUGACUUUUUCAUUUCCAAUUAACCCAUAUCUCUGACUGUGUAAAAGUAUCUGAUGCGCAUGCACAUCCUAAAAAAACCCGAGAUUUGAUUACAUAUUUCUGUCUAUUGGAAACUACGAAUUUCAGUCAUACUUUGUGUUGAAUCCUACAAGUGGUUUUGUUUCGGAUUCAUAGA